CAUGGUAGUUUAACAACAGUUCUCACACAGCACCCUUUCUCAUAGACCAUAGAGAAAAUAAUACAAUAGAGUGUGCGCUUAGUCAUAAUUCUGUGAAUAGGUGUUAGUACAGUACACUGAAUGCAGUGAUGCACCGAGAUGUCGGGUUUUUAUUGAUGCUGCUUCUGUGUCAGCUCACACUUGUUGAGGGAAGAGGUAGAGGGGGAGGAGGCUCCAGAUCUAGUUUCGGAGGCUCUAGAUCAAGUUUCGGAGGCUCUAGAUCAAGUUUUGGAUCAAAUUCUAGAAUAAGUGGAGGUUACAGUAACAGUGGUAGAUAUGGAGGAGCCAUUAACAGAGGUGCUCCUAGGUUUACGGGGAGUAAUUAUGGUUACAAUGCUGGUUAUGGGAGGAGUACUAGUUCAGGAGGAUUCGGAUUAGGGUUAGGAGGAGGUCUCCUUUUAGGAUACACCGCAGGUCGCUUGUCUAGUCCUGGAUAUGGAUAUGGAUAUGGACACAGUCGGCCUGUGAGCAGAAACCAGAAUAGUUAUGAUAGAACUAGACCGAUAUCCUGCUACGAGGGUGAACUGGAUUCCGAGAUAGUAACAGAUAUGGAUCUUGAUGAGACUGCUACAACUUGUUCUGUGGAAACUGAUGUAUGUUUUGGUCGUGUAACCCUCCAAGUAAUGAAUGCAACUUAUGAAAAUGGAACUGUAGAGGUCAAAGGCUUCCUUCAGGUCUCUAAAGGUUGUGGGAAGCGCCAAGAAUUUGAAUCUGAAUUUGGUACAAAAGGAACUUUUAACUCUAGAACACAAUGUUUUGUUACCAAUAUAUAUAAUAGCACACAGGUUGUGGAUCAUAAUAUAGGAAAUGCUUCAGUGGAAUUUGUUCAAGUUUCUUCAAAAAUAUUUGUAACAGAACAGGUUAUAAUAUUCAUUAUCAAUGGUGUAACUAUCGAGGGAUUUAAAGUGAAAAUGGUCAUACCCUGCAGGCAUAACUUCAGGAAUUAAGCUUUAUUUUCAAAAUUUGAAGUGCCCAAAUUGGAUAUCGUGAUGAAGCGUUCCAGAUUACCUAUACUCUACAGAACAAUUCCGACCUCAAACUUUUUCAACUUUCAAAAUAAUUAGGAUAAU